AUGUCUUUACUCCUUGUCCACCCAUUCGGGGAGCUGCCGCCGGACAACUCUGUCAACACCAAACUCUUCCUGGAUACCGUGUCGCACCUACCGUCCUUCUUCGAUUGUUUAGGCUCCAAAGUGUUCUCACUCAUCAAGUCAGACAUUAAUGGCAACAUCACGAAAAUUAAAGAAGUCUAUGUGAAGGACCCACAAAGGUACGUCACCCUGCAGCACAUCCUAGAGGCCGAGCGGCGAGACCUGGCGGAUGAGUGGCCCAAAGUGGGAGCCACGCUGGCCCUCAUGUGGCUUAAGAGGGGUCUUCGUUUCAUCCAAGUCUUGCUGCAGAGUUUGGCAGAUGGUGAACAAGAUCCAAACCAGCCCAACCUCAUUCGUGUCAACAUCACCAAAGCUUAUGAGCAGGCACUCAAAAGAUACCACGGGUGGUUUGUGCAGAAGAUUUUCAAUACGGCACUGUACGCAGCUCCUUACAGGUCCAACUUCCUCAAAGCGCUUUCGAAAGGAGAUGACGUGAAAGAGGAAGAGUGCCUCGAAAAUGUGCGUCGCUUCCUGGUCAACUACACCCCCACCAUCGAUGCCAUCUAUGAGAUGUACGCGCGCCUCGACGCGGAGCUGGACUACAAAGUUUGA